AUGGCACUAGAAGCAACAACCAAGAGUGUGAAUUUCCCUAAGAGAGCCUAUGUAACGUUUUUGGCUGGUGCUGGAGACUAUGUGAAAGGUAUGGUUGGUUUGGCUAAGGGCCUAAGAAAGGCCAAGUCUGCCUAUCCUCUUGUGGUGGCCAUGUUGCCUGAUGUGCCUGAGGAGCACCGUUGCAUCCUUGAAUCUCAGGGAUGUAUUUUACGUGAGAUUGUGCCUUUAAGCCCUCCAGAGAACCACACUGCUAAGUUUGCUAUGGCAUACUAUGUCAUCAACUACUCAAAACUUCGUAUUUGGGAGUUUGAGGAGUAUGACAAGUUGAUCUACUUGGAUGGUGACAUACAAGUUUUUGGCAACAUUGAUCACCUAUUUGACUUGCCUGAUGGAUACUUUUAUGCUGUGAUGGAUUGCUUUUGUGAGAAUGUAUGGAUCAAUUCUACUCAACACAACAUUGGCUAUUGCCAACAGUGCCCAGAGAGGGUCCAGUGGCCAGCUGAGUUGGGCUCACCUCCCCCACUUUACUUCAAUGCAGGCAUGUUUGUCUAUGAGCCAAAACUUUCAACUUACCAGGAUAUUUUGGAGACUGUCAAAGUCACCCCUCCUACUUUAUUUGCUGAGCAGGACUUCCUUAACAUGUACUUUAAGGACAUUUAUAAGCCCAUCCCUCCCAUAUACAACCUUGUUUUAGCCAUGCUGUGGCGCCACCCUGAAAAUUUCAACUUUGAUGAAAUAAAAGUUGCCCACUAUUGUGCAGCGGGUUCAAAGCCUUGGAGGUACACUGGGAAAGAAGAAAACAUGCAGAGGGAAGAUAUCAAGAAUCUAGUGAAAAAAUGGUGGGAUAUUUAUGAGGAUGAGUCUUUGGAUUAUAAGAAUAUCAUUGCUGAUCAUGACAAGAAUGCUCCAUCGGCUGCUUGAUUAGCUUUAGAAUUAUUUUUUUCUAUGUUGCAAUUAGUUUUAGUAUUGUUAAGUGCUACCACUUGUCCUUAUUUUUUGAGAGACAAGUAGGGUAGAUUGCUAUCUAAGAUAUAGCCAAAAUAAUUAG